UUCACAAUUAACCCUGAGUACAAGCCUGUAUCUCCCACCUCCUAAACGGAGAAGUCAGGACAGCAUUGUGAACUUUAGACUUUAUUUGUUGUAAGGAUUAAAAACCAACAGGAAACCCCAUGACAGUCAGGAGGAAGUUUAUAAACUGCCUUACGUACAUAGGUUAGAUUUAAUGUUACAUAUCUACUGGACUCAGGAGACCAUUUCCUCAUAUGAAAUAGCAUGUGACUUCUACACCUAAAAAGCUUUUUGUUCUGGUGAAAGCUCCCUCCUGUCGCUACAUACAACUGUGGCUCAAGCUGUUUCUGCAACAAUGUGUGAGAGACUGGACAAAAUCAGAAAAAUCAUAACUGUAGAGCCUGUUAUGUUUUUGUACAUGACAGGAACCUUCCUAUUAACACCGGCUUAUCAGCAGCUGCUAAUAGCAAAGGUUUGUAAUGAGCUAUAUCAUGGUGAAAAUAUCUGUGGACAUCUUGAAAACUACACCAAAGAAAACCAGGCAAUUCAGAGCAAAACCUCCUACAUAUUGCUGGUAUAUGUAGCUGUCCUGAGUCUUGUAUCAAUACCGCCAGCCAUCAUCUUUGGCUCAUGGUCAGAUAAGGCUGGGCGCAAGUUGGGGAUGAUUCUGCCCAGUGUCUGUUCUGCAGUCGGUGGUGGAUUUCUAAUUGCUGUAACUGAAGUAGAACAGAUAAAUGCUUACUGGACUAUUAUCACUGCCUUUGUAAUAGGGAUCUCUGGAGGUCAUGUUGCAGUAUUCCUGAGUGUUUUUAGUUACUUGGCUGAUGUUACCAAUGAUGAAAACCGGACUCUACGAAUGGCCAUUUUAGAGUCAAUGGUUUUUAUUGGAGGAACUGUCGGUUUUCUCCUGAGUGGCACUUUAAUCCAGUAUUUUAGUUUCACUCCUGUGUUUGGGAUCUUCUGUUUAUGCCAUGUGCUCUCAGUGCUUUAUGUGCUGCUCUUGCUUAGGAAUCCAGAUUCAGGGUUAGGAAAAAUCCUUAAUGGAGUAGCAAGCCAUAGAAGCGAUGAUGAACCUAAACUCUCAAUAUUUAUGUAUGCAAAGCUGUCAUUCAAGUCUGUUUUGAAGAAAAGGGCUGGCAAAGAUAGACUAAAGCUUCAGCUCCUCAUCCUCUGCACAUUCUUGAUCAAUAUUUGCAAUGCUGGGGAACAGACUGUUGUACUCCUGUUUUUGAUGUAUCCGCCAAGGAAUUUUACUGGUGUGCUAUUCAGUGCAUUCACCUCGACAAAAAUGUUACUCUCGGGUUUAUGUUUGGUUGGACUAUUCCCAUUACUGCUUAGAUUUGUGGGAGAGAUGACCCUCGCUAAAGUGAGCGCAGUGAUGAGGGCAGCCUCAUUCAUUCUAUUGGCCUUCUCAACAAACACGUGGAUGGUGUUCCUAGUUGCUGUGGUGGGAGCGACUUCAGGUUUCACUCAGGCAGUGGUUCGUUCUGUGUCAUCAAGGAUUGUUGAGCCCAACGAACAAGGUGCUAUGUUUUCCUUUUCGGCAUCAGUAGAAACUGCAUGCAUACUCAUUGGAGCAGGAAUAUUUAAUAGCCUUUAUCCUGUGACACUCACAACAUUUCCUGGAAUGGCCUUCCUUGUAAUGGCUGCCUUUAUAAUCAUUACUCUCAUCCUCAUCCAGUGGAUCAGUGAAAUGCCUACCACUCAUCCUCAGCUGUUAAUCAUAGAGGACUGAAUCGCCGAUGAUGACAGAAGUUCUCCAGUUAAAUUGGAAAAUCACAAACUUUGAUUUAAUAGGGAUCACACUGUGUCUGAUAUUAACAUUUUGUCACAAUGUAUAGUGCUAGUAGGAGCUGACACAGCUUUAGAAUUAGAAAUGUGAAAAGGUGGUGGGUAUUCAGUAACAAACACUGAAAGUGAUUCAUGACAAGUGGUAAAAUAACAACAGAUGGUGAUUAAAGGUGUUCACAUGUG